AUGUCACUCUCCUCCCCGCAACUGCCGGCAACCUCUCCGCCCAAGUCCGCCCAUUACCAUCCCGUAUCGACCGCCGCCGCCACAUAUCCCUUCCAGCCAAUCUACGAUACUGCGCAUCAAUCCUUCGAUCCGUCCAGGUUCUCCCCAACGAUAUCUCCCACGCAUAAUCCAGCCGCUGUUCAGUAUCCUCCGGCACACCUGCCGCUUGACGCCUCGCCGGCUACCAUUCAACGGUUCCACAGCGUAUCUCCCUCCAAUCUGCGCGCCUCCCUCGCCCCUCGCCCCUCUCUACCACAUCUUCUCCCACAGCAUUUGCAGUCUGACGUCGGCUUGAGCCUCGACGGCACUGCGCCGCUCUCCCGAUCCGUCUCUGUCGAUACUGCUGCGCCGCCUCAGCCGUCUGCCCAGCUUGUGCAGCGGUUGCAACAGCAAAACUCAGCCAUCCGCGAAGCCUGGGCUGCCGAACGAACUUAUCUCGAAGCGAAUCGCCGCCGUGUAGAAGAGGUGUACCAGGAGGAACGAGCCAUCAUGGAAGACAUUCGUGAUACAUGGCAGUCCGAAAAGGACGAUAUGCAGCGGGAAAUGCAGGCUCUCCGCGAACGCAUCCAGAGGCUAGAAGGAGAGAAUGCCGCUCUUCGCGCCAUUGCCUCUCCAAGAGGGUCGCCUAGCUUCCUCCCUGGUAGAGCUCCGCGAGACGGAUCAAGUGAUGGCUCACUAAAUUCAAGAGCAAGAUCGCAAAACCCGCCGGCCUCCGGCUCCCGCCAAAUCCUCGCCGAUCUCUCGUCGCUCCCUCCCGGUCUUGAAGGUGCGUCCCGACGACCUCAUUUUGCUAGCCCUGGCAAUCCUUCGCAUCUCUCUCCAACACAUGUCGGCUCUCCUCCGUUUGCUCCUAUAGAUCCACGAACACAGCCUCAAGUUUCUAGUCAGCAGGACUUUCUAGCUUCCCAUGACGGCUCCAGCGAUUCACCAAUUCCUGUCAUUGACGUCCACGAAAUCGACCCAAAGCUUGAGGGAAUCCCCAUCAAGGCCACCGCUGUACAGAAGAGUACAUUCUCUGAAGUCUCCAACGCUUCGUCUUCAGUAGCAUCUCCUCCAGCUGCUAGCAGUGAUCAGCAUCAAGAGUCGGCGGGUGAACAAAAUAGCCUCCUUGUCUCCAAGGCGCAAACACUGCAAGCAUUGGCUGCGGGAGAAUUUCGACGCCGCACUCUACAUGCCGGGCACACGCCAAACCACUCCAUCUCUGCGUUUCCGACCAUGACUGCUACUGACAGUACAUCGGCAAACUCGGGCACAGGGCAGAGCGAAGCCGCGACACCGAAGGCUGCCAAAACCGAGCCUCUUGACUCGGAGCAUGAUUCGGACUCUGCCAAUGAACUGCGGCACCAGACCAGCUAUACAGAUGCUCCUCCUGGAGAAGGUGUGUUUGCAGCAGACGAGCAAGAUCCCAUCUUCGAGCCAGAGGACGACAAGCCUCUCAAGGGGCCGCUCAUGGUCAAAAACAUUCCCGCUCAAGACGAGAUCUUUUGGGCUCAAGUGAACAAGAAGCUUGAACCAAUCAGCCACGGCGAAGAUGCCCUCCCAACUGUCAUUAAGUCGCAGCUCGACCAGGCCGACUCCGAUAUGCAAUCGUCUGCGAGCAAGUCAGUAGCAGUCGGUGGUGACGGAGCUGCGGACGACGACCUCGACGAUUCAAGUUUCAGUCCGUCGGCACAGGCUUCCAAGCUCGAGGCUGAUGUUCCCCUGAAGCUCCGAACAACCACAAACUUUGGCGCACCUUUUGGUUCUUCAUAG